CCCACCCCCUCAAGGCCGCGGGGUUUGGUUGCACACAAGCUGCAGUUUCAGUUUGUUUUAUUCACCAUUUUGAGUAGCUGAAGGUAAAAAAAUUAAGAAUAUUUGCGUUUGGAGGACAAGUCGCUGCCGUACUUUUAUUUUCACGCGCUAGCUCGGACGGUGGAGUUGUGCGCCAACCUCGCUCCCCUCGGUGUUUUGCAGAGCGGGAAUCUAUAUUUCUUUUUUUUUCCCCCUGUGCUUUUUCUUCUCCCCCCUUUCUUACAUCCUUAACCUCUACAGUAUUCCUGCAAAAUGUCAAGACCAGUGCGGAACAGGAAAGUGGUGAACUACUCGCAAUUCAACGAGUCUGAUGAUGCAGAUGAGGAGUAUGGUGAGAAUAAGCCUAAGAAGGUGCGUGCACCCCCUCGUGAGCCCAAGCACAAGCGCUCAAAGAACUCGCAGGAUGACAGUGAGGAGUCUGAUGAGAAGCUCUCUAAACCCAAAAAUGAUUCAGCAGAGGACUUUGGCAGCGAUGAGGAAGACAAUGACUUUGGAGAGGAGGAGGAAGAUGGAGGAAGCGACUAUGAAGAAAAAAAAGGCAAAAAGGGAAAGAAAGCCAAGGUGGAGAAGCCAGCAGCCAAGAGGGGGCCAAAGAGAAAACGGCCUGCAGAUGACAGCGAUGAUGACAAGGAAGUGAGUCGAAAGCGUACAGUGCGGGAGGCGGCCUCCAAGGCUGUGUCCAAACAGAGGGAGAUCCUGCUGGGCGAUGGAGGCAGCGAGGAUGAGGAGCACGAAGACCAAGAGGAGCCCUAUAUGGACCCUGACGAGUCCGGUAGCGAUGAGGACUUCAUGGUGGAGGACGAUGAUGACAGCGACUACGGUCGCUCCAAGAAGAGAGGCAAAAAGGUGAUUCGGCGGGGCCGGCCGGACAAGAAGGAGAAGAAAAGCCCCAAGCCCCGACUAAAGGCCACAGUGACCCCCAGCCCAAUGAAAGGAAAGGGGAAGGGGCGCCCCAGCGCCAAGGCCCUGGAGAAGAGCUCACCCAAAGAGGAGGAGGAGGAGGAGGACCCCGAGAGUCCCCUGGAGGAGGAAGAGGAGGAGGCCGAGAAGAAAGCGAGCUCCCCUGCCCCCAAGACGACAAAGGAGGCCGCGGGAGGAGACGAGGAGGAGGAAGACGAAGAGGAGGAGGACGGCUCAGAAGAGGAGGCGCCCUCUGGGGAAGACUAGAAGAUGGUUCCCUCUGAAGCCCAUUCUCUCUCUCUCUCUGUCUCUCUUCUCUCUCUCUCUCUCUCUGUGUCUCUUCUCAAAGAUUUAGUUUUUUCUUUCGUUGCUCUGUGUUUUAGAGUAUUUUGUCUCUUCUCCUGGUGGCCUGGCUCAAUGGUUUGGACUUGGUGUGCUUUCUUUUCCUUGUUUUGCUCCCCCUUUCCCUUCCCCUCCUCCCCUCCCUCCCUCUCCAACCAAGACAUUGUGCUCAUGUGAUCAUAGGGUGUAUGUAAGGAGUCCCAACGUUCGGCCUUACCCACCCACCCUCCCAUCUCAGUCAUUUCUACCUUUCCAAGAGCUCCGUGCUAGUGGGCAUCCGUCCUAAAUGUGAACAAAUGAAAUUCACCUCUUCUUUGUUUUCUUUUUCUUUCUCUCUCUCUCUUUCUCUCUGGGAUUAUCUGUGAUCUGACAUGACUGGCCACACACUUCUUUUUUUUGUUUUUACCAUUGUACUUUCACCGAUAUCUGCGAGUACUGGGAGCGUUGCGUUCAGAGCCUCUCAGUAUCAGUUCCUAAAGCGCUGUAUUUACAAAGCGACGCCGAGUCAACACGCGCAGGGCCGAGGCCUUGACCCUCUAUCUGGUACGUUGUGGUUUUUAAACCGGGAGCGUGUGUUUUUAACAGGGCAGCUGGUAGUCAGCUGGUAGUUUUAGUUACAAAAAAAAACCUCCAAAACCGUUCAAAGUUCACCCUGCUUGUUUCAGACUCUAUUGGUGCCCUGUUAAAGGUGUGUUACCUUGCCUGGCAGAGUGGUGGGUCACCGCUGAGUGUUUGCUACGCGCCAGACUGCCAAUUUCACCCAUUUCAAGCCAGCGUGUGUGUGUGUGUGUGUGUGUUUUUAUGUACUUGUUUAAAUUUAUAUAUGCUUGUGACGUACUAACUGUAAGAGGGUCCGGCUUUUGUGUCUCUCUCAGCCCACCUGCUGCCCAUGUUCAACGGUUUCUGUUGUCUAUGUUCGGCUUUUUAUGAUGCACCAUGCUACGUGAAGCGACCCCUCCCCCCCCUGACUCCUCCCUCCCCCGCAUGGCUACAGCAUCUUCUCUACAUUCAACCCCUUGUGCCAGGCACCCCUAAAUCUGUUUGUUUUUAUUUUUAAGAAAUGCAAGAAGAGAUGUUUCCUUUUUUUUUUUUUUUUUUUUU